AGUCGACUGCCAGCUUAUCAAACAAGUGUCUCGUAGAACUGGUUACUGUUCCACACACGUUAAAGAUGGCGAGGUGCUUUGUUCGCGAGUGUCUGAUUCUCUUUAUGGUUAACAUACUGGUCAAAGCUCUCAGUGAAAAUACGACAAACAUCGAGCCAAUUUUCAAAGAAAUUGAAGAAAGGAAGUUGAAAUUUUCUUUUCGCUUCUCUUGCAACCACCAUGGUAGAUGGGUUACUCAGACUGAACUGCAGAGGGAGGGUUUUCCAGAGAGAGGAUUUGCUCCCAGAGUACAGUACAGCUUGGAACAAAGUUUGGAUAAACAUACUAGCUUACCACAUUUUGUUGCUCGCGUUGCAGCCAGUUCAUCAUACGAAAGGGAGCUGAUGAUCUUGGAGACCAAAUCGUCAGAUAGGUUCGAUUUGGUUGUGCGAAACACGGACUAUUUCACUGCGAGUUCCGACUGCCUCGCCUCCGGGCAGCGACUGGCUGUGCCUACAAAGGAGCUUUUCAAUUGGAUGCAAGAAGUGAAACAUUGGUGCACUUCAAUCUCUAUAUGCUCAGUAUUCGUGGGAAUAAACAAUAUGCAAGAAGAUGGACGGUUCAGAACAGAGCGAGGGCAAAUGGUAACGAAUUUCACGGAACCCCUGGAGGAAAAUGAAAAAUUAUGUGGAGUUGUAAACUUUAAUGAAAAAACAUACAAUCUCACAACUGAAGAUUGUUACGAUCGACGGCCAUUUUUGUGUGAAGAUCAUGAAGAGACUGAUGUACUAAAGGAAAAGCUGGAAGUGGGAGAAUGGCUUGAAUCCAAUGGCUUUGAGGUCCCAAGGCAAGUUAUGAAUAUUAUUGAUCAACCAAUGGAGAUCGCUGACAAAGUAAGAGGAGUGAUAGGAGUAUACUGUAAAUAUUUAAGACGAAUGGAAACGAAAGUGAAGAUAACCCUGGAGAAGACAUCAUCAAUGGCGUUUUUCAUGAACCGAAGGGAAGUCUGAAUGUAGGAAAAUGGUUACAAAUUGAGUAUAAUGUUAUUGUACAGCAUGUUUAAAAAAAUGUCAAAUUCAAUUUCUUUAACAAAUGUUAUAUCUAUGCAAACAUUUAUAUAAUUUGCUUAUGUACUUGAAAUUUAAAUAAAAAAUGCACAAGA